AUGUCAGAGGAUGGAGUCACAGUGAAAGUGGAGGCACUCCAUGGGGAAAGAGCACAGAAUGCCACACCAUCCCCAGACAGAGGUGGACAGCAUAAACUAGAAGAUGCUGGUAUAGCAGACAUAACUGAAAAAAAACAAGAAAUCAAACCUGGAAAAAGCACACAACACUCAAAACCGUGUGUGGACAGAAGACGUGUCAGCUAUGCUAAAUUCAUUAACACGAAUGCAAGGACUUACAAUGAGCCAGUUCCCUACAUUGACAGUAAAGGGCCGGCAAAGCAGAGAAAAUGGUGGUUCCACAGCGAAGUGAAAGAACCUGUCUCCCAGCCGCCUUACGACACCAAGAGCACCCAGAGAAGUGAUUUUCAAAUGCCAGCUUGCCAGCUGGUUUUGCCGGUCAGACACAGCAGGAUGCGAAAGCCUUCUUGUGGAAUAGUUCCGCUUACGUGCCUGGAUUCGUCAGGAGAACAGGAAAACAAUUUCAUAGAAUACAUUUCCUUUAUACAUCAAUAUGAUUCCAGGAAAAGUCCCAAUGAGCCCAUCCGGGGAAAGAGACACGGAACCUUUGUGCAGAGAGAGAUAAAGCCACGGGCUCUGCCGAUAGUUCCCAAGGGACCAGAGGUAUUACGGAACGCUCUAGGGUCAUGUUCAUCACAACAGCCCCCUAAACCAGAUAAAGGAAACUCAUCAGGAGACAGAAUGACCUCGCCAGGCCCACACCGGCAAAAUUCCCAAGAACUGCUGCAGACUUAG